AUGCUAAACGUUCAUUCUGUUAAUUGGAUUGAGAUUGAGGGCUACUACACCAGAGGUAUUAAGGAUGGGAUUAUAGUUCAAGCCAAGAUCGCACCACUUGGAAAACAACAUUCUAAUGCCUUUGUUAUAUCUAGAUUAACGGACGACCCAGCAUCCCGUUUAGCUUUUCGGGUAACUUUGAAGGAUGGAAAGGGAGUUCAGAAAGUUCUCUAUUUUAAAUCACCGCAAAAUUCUCUGGAAGCUAUAUUCAAAGCAAACAGCUUGGUUGACUGGCUAGAUGGUGCUACACUUGAUACUCUGAAAACCCGAUGCAGACGACAUAUCUAUAUCAACCUAAAAAAUAUCGCUGUUGCCGAGGACUUGAAACUCUUCCUGGGCGGUGCCUAUAUCCUUGAUGACGGUUUCACAGUCCAAGAAAAUACCAUUUACUGCAAAGCGCACAAGAGCAGACAGCAAUGA